UUCACACAUUCCAAACAUAUUAUCCACUCCUCUCUAUAAUUUGCUCAAAACCCCCAUUUGAAAUCCCAGCCUUCAGUUUUUAACUAAGCCCCCAGUUGCGUACUUUCUCAGUAUUAUUCUUUUGAGUGUUGAAUGUACACAGACUAGGGCUCUUCUCUUACUUUCUAUCCUUCCUGUAGUCUUGUCUGUGUUCUGAAAACUGAAAAUUUCCCAAUAAUGGAAGCUCUGAGAGCUUCACCUAUUCAUUCACUUCACAGUAUUCCCACCAAAGUUGCCAAAACCCAAUCCAAAGGACCCUUUUUCUUGAAUUCUAGACCAAUACCCAGUUGGUCUUUCUCAUCAGCACAUCAACGAAACGCUUCAAAAUCCAAGCUUUUCACUGCAAUGCCAUCUUCUGUUUCAACAGAGCCUGCAGACCCACCUCAGGGAGAGCUUGAAACCCAAACCCAGAACGAGAAAUUUGAUUGGUAUUCGCAGUGGUACCCGAUUAUGCCGGUUUGUGACCUGGACAAGAGGAAGCCACAUGGAAAGAAGGUGAUGGGAAUUGAUUUGGUGGUGUGGUGGGAUAGGAAUGAGAGUGCUUGGAAGGUGUUCGAUGACACUUGCCCUCAUAGGUUGGCCCCACUAUCUGAAGGGAGGAUUGAUCAGUGGGGUAGGUUGCAGUGUGUGUACCAUGGUUGGUGUUUUAAUGGGUCUGGAGACUGCAAGUUUAUCCCGCAAGCGCCCCCCAGUGGUCCACCGGUUCACACUUUCAAGAAAGCAUGUGUAGCUGCUUAUCCAAACACUGUGCAGAACGACAUUGUAUGGUUUUGGCCAAACACUGACCCUAAAUACAAAGAUAUUCUCAAGGAGAAAAGACCCCCCUACAUCCCAGAACUAGAUGAUCCAUCAUUUACCAAGUUAAUGGGAAAUAGAGACAUUCCUUACGGAUAUGAUGUCUUGAUUGACAAUCUCAUGGACCCUGCACAUGUCGUAUAUGCACAUUAUGGAAUAAUGCAAGUUCCAAAGCCUAAAAAUAAGGCUGAUAGAGAAGGAGGCAGACCACUUGAACUGAGCCUGCAGAAGCUAGACAUAAAUGGUUUCAUUUCAAGGCAGGAAGUAGGCCUUAGUGUAUUUAUUCCACCAUGUGUGUAUCAUUCUUAUUUAUCUCGUCCACAAGAUGAAGAUAAUGGGGCUGCAUCAUCAGCUGGAACAAAAAAGGAGCCACCAGCUGGAAAGAGAUUUGGUUUAGUUUUUAUUUGCAUUCCAGUUAGCCCGGGUAACAGCAGAUUGAUAUGGGCCUUCCCAAGGAAUUUUGGGAUUUGGAUCGACAAAAUUGUUCCACGGUGGAUGUUCCAUGUUGGACAAAACUUGAUCCUGGAUUCAGAUUUGUAUCUUCUUCAUGUUGAGGAGCGCAAGAUUAUGGACAUCGGCCCUGCAAAUUGGCAGAAGGCAUGUUUUACACCAACAAAGUCUGAUGCCCAAGUUAUUGGUUUCAGAAAGUGGCUCAUCGAGUACUCUAAUGGUCAAGUUGAUUGGAGAGGCAAGUUCAACGGGGCUCUUCCUCCAACUCCUCCAAGGGAACAACUGAUGGACAGGUAUUGGAGCCAUGUGGUAAACUGCCGUAGUUGCAGUGCUGCAUAUAAAGGUCUUAACGUGCUGGAAGUUGUGCUGAAACUCGUCUCUAUUACUAUAAUUGGAAUUGUUGCUGCAACGAAGCAGAGUAUGACAUCAGUGGCAGUGAGAAGUACAGCAGUUUCAGUGGCAGUUCUGUGCUAUGCAGCUUCAAGAUGGUUGGCUCACUUCAUCUAUAAAAACUUCCAUUUCCACGACUAUAGCCACGCAUUCCGCUAGGAUUUAUGUCUAGCAGUGACUGUUGAGCACAGCAAAACACCACGGUAAAUACUAAAUAGGUAAUGUACAUAUGGAUUGUCCUCAUUGGAUGAACAGUAUGGAUUGUUGGAGAAUAAAAGUUUAUCUAUACAAUAGAAACAUAGAAUAUGGGCUUUUCUCACCAAAAUGUUUCUUGGUUUCAUAGCUAGCAUAUUAAAUAUGAUGGAUAUGGGGACGAACAAUGUUAUUUUUACACAAAAAAUAUGGAAUAGAAUAUUCCUAUUUGCUGGUUGCAUUGGGACUCACAUAUUGGGCUUGUGAUUUGUGAGGACCAUGUUUCAAGUUCGGAAUACAAAAGUUUGGGCUAUGUUUGCAA